CUUCAGCUCGCAAAACACCAUCAACGUUUAACGUCGCAACGGGACACCACCAAAUUCAACACAACAGCAACCAUGUCAAAGGGUCGAGGCGGCGUUGACCAGAUCGUUAAACUGAUCGUGGGAGCUGGACAGGCUAGUCCUAGUCCUCCUGUUGGUCCUGCUCUCGGUUCCAAAGGUGUGAAGUCUAUGGACUUUUGCAAGGAAUUUAACGCAAGAACUGCACAUAUUAUCACCGGAACACCAAUGCCUUGCCGAGUUACGGUCCGCCCCGAUCGAUCAUUUACCUUUGACGUCCGAACACCGCACACCUCAUGGCUGCUCCUCAAUGCCGUCGAAGCUCCAAUGGGAAAGAAGGGCAAGCGAAAGGGUGUUAGCAAGCCUGGGCACGAGACUGUCGGCACUCUAUCCCUUAAGCAUAUUUACGAGAUUGCAAAGAUCAAGCAGACUGAGCUCCGACUUUCUGGUCUAUCGCUAGAGGGACUUUGCAGAUCGGUCAUUUACCAGGCGAAGACGAUGGGAAUUGAGGUAGUGGCUUGAGAGCAUGAUUACGAAAUGAAAAUAAAAGACCACGGAAUGUGGCGUGUACGAAGAUCUCCAACCAGAUAUUAUACAUGUACAACAGCUUAUGGAUAGGGAGUUGGGCCUCUGAUUAGAGGAGGAAUUGUACGAUGCAUCUAUUCAGCGUUCAAAAGGCGAAAUGCUGGUUAUUAUUUCAUACUUGCGUGUGUUUGGCAGGCCGAUCGUAUGCCAAGCUUUUUCCGAUGGGAUUGGUGUGAGAAGAUGUACAUGGAGGUUGUUUGACACUUGAGGCUAAGUGAGUGAUUACAGACGGCAGUUGUCCGAGUUCGUGAGGCAAGACAUGUGAAGUUGAUCUCGACCUUGAUAACUCGCAAGCAGUCAAGACCUCACGUGCCUCUAUUAGUACGUGGGCAGGCACUUAUCCAGGAAUCAUCCUCGAUCCACCAUACGCGUGGCUUGUCUGAAGUCUCGUAUCCCGUUGAAACCAAUGAAGUCAUGUGGAAUACAUAUGACUGUAUCCCAUGUACAUGUAUCUCAGAUCAUGAUUAUAUGGGAGUCAAACUAUCAUUGAAACCAUUGGUUCAUAUGCUGUGUCGUCGAUGCUUGGCAAUGUAUAUACAUGUCAUGCUCUGUGUUUGAUUGUCUAACAAACAGCAUGAGGGAGGGAGAAAGUAUAGGAUCAUCUCCCUACAUAAUAAUUAGAAGAGUUUAGGAUAUUUUAGGAUAGUGUCAUCCUAAAUUUAGCAAACUAUUAGAAUAAUGAUUUCAAGCCCUCU